UUUCUCGGCAUGACGUAGCUUGCCCGCUCCACGAAAAUACACAAACAAAACGCGUCCUUGUGUGGUAUAAAUAAACCGCAAGUAGAUAACACGAAAGUUAACAAACAACUCAUUCGAAAAUGUCCGCGAUCCUCCAGAGCCUCGGCGUUUUAGACAAAAAGGCCGUCGAGAAACUGCGGGAGUACCUCCAAAUACCAUCCGUGCACCCCAACGUUAACUAUGAGUCGUGCAUUAAAUUCCUCGAGGAGUACGCGCGCGACCUGGGUUUGACGGUCCAGGUGUACCGAAACGUCCAGGUCACGAAACCGGUUGCCAUUUUCAAGUGGGAGGGCAAGGAGGUCGGCCUGCAAAGCAUACUGCUGAACGGGCACAUGGACGUCGUCCCCGUCUACGAGGAGAAAUGGACGCGAUUGCCAUUUGGAGCGGAAAUUGACGACGCGGGGAACAUCUACGGACGUGGCGCUCAGGACAUGAAGACCGUUUCGAUUAUGUACCUGGAGGCGAUUCGUCGGUUAAAGCUGAACGGCGUCCAACCGAAAAGGACGAUCUACGUUUCUUUCGUACCCGAUGAGGAGCAUGGGGAGCCAGGGUUGGAGAGCUUCGUGACUACGGAGGCAUUUCGCCAGAUGAACGUCGGUUUCGGUCUGGAUGAAGGUGACCCGUCCCCGGGCGACCACUACGUCGCCUACUACGGCGAGAAAGCCUGCUGGCAGUUCACAAUUCACUGUCCCGGACAGACCGGUCAUGCUUCGCGCAUUUUGAAGGACACGGCCGCGGAGAAGGUGCGUCUCUUAAUCGACCGCUUCUCCGAUUACCGCCGGAGCGAGGAGAAGAAGCUGGAAGAUAAUCCCAAGUUGAAGCACUGGGACGUCACCUCGGUGAACUUGACGCAGUUGGGCGGAGGUGUACAGCCUAACGUCGUACCGGAAGAGUUAACCCUGACUUACGAUGUAAGGAUAUCGCCAAACACCAACGUUGCUGACUUCGAGGCAAAGAUCAACCGUUGGUGCAAAGAAGCUGGGGAACGGGUUUGGUUGGAGUAUCACAGCAAGGAGCCCCAAAGAUCGGUUACGCGUUUGGAGACCUGCCCAUACUGGUUUGCGCUGAAGAAGGUGGCCAACAAGAGGAAUGUGAAACUUCAAGAGGAGGUAUGUGUGGGCGCGACCGAUAUUCGCUUCCUGAGAGGGAUGGGAAUUCCUGGCGUAGGUUUAUCACCCCUCAGGCACACUAAACCGUUGGCUCACGAUCAUGAUGAAUGCAUUAACGUGCGACAAUUUCUGGAGGGGAUACAAUUCUAUUACGAUUUAUUCCCGGAGCUUGCCAGUGUAUCUUAAUUAAUCCUAGAAAUUGUAAUCAUUAAAAGUCUACUUCAUUU